AUGCUAACAAAUUACAAAGUAGAAAAAUGCAUAUUUUCUCAAUUGCUUGUUACAUCAGGUUCUUAUCUUAACUUUGCUGCACAAUGCCUUGCUGCGGGAUGCCAGGUAAUUUCUCAUAACUUAGAUCUUACUAGACUUACUCCUCCGAAGCCAUUAGCUUCAUAUUUUUCAGAUAGCCAGUUUGAUUAUGAAAUUCUGAAGAAGAUUAUCGAUGUAUAUACAAAAAGCAGCAAGCUCAUACCAAUUGUUGCUAUUUCUGGACCACUCAGCGGCUUAUCUGGCGAACCCUUCAAGAGAUUCAAUGAUGCAGGCAAUUUUGUUAAAAGCAAGUUGAUAUUAGACGAUCAUACACGUAAUAUAUGCGAAAACUUGUUACAAAGUUCAAUUCCAAUUAUUUUUAUUUAUGAUUUCGAUAAAUUCUGCCAAAAUGCAGUUCGUGAUAACAGCUUUGACAUGAUUAUCCACUUAGGAUUUAACUCAUUACCUUGUUUCUUCAAGUCUCACUUACAAAUUUAUUCUUGUGAUGAUUUCACUUUUCCAGAAGACAUUUCUCAUCAUAGUUCAUCAAUUAUUGCAGAACAAAGUGAUCUUAUCAUAUACGCGUACCUCAAAUCCCCUGAUGGCAUCAACAAAUUUAAGCAUAAAAUUGAUUCACGCAAAUAUACAUCAUUAAAUGUCAAUUUCUCUGUUCAAUCUGAUGUAUUGCUAUCUAGUAAGCCAAUCCUGCUUGUCGAUGAUCCAUAUCCAACAAGAAACUGCACAGCUGUCAGAUCAAUUUCGAAAGGAAUCGCUGAACAAUUACAUGUCCAGAUUUAUGAGUUGCCAAAGACAUCUGAUCCGAAUGUUAUUGGUUCAAUCUUCUUUGAGCCAACAGAAAAAGAAUGGCCAGCGUUGAUUCCGCCAGAAUCUGUCGACCAACUCAGAAUUGCCCAGUUCGCUGAUGCAAUGAAGAAAAUCGAUGUUGAUACUGUUCUUUCCAGCGCUCAGAGGAGUUUACCUCCUCAAGCUUUGGUCGGAAAGAAGCUCGCUCAGGUUAAGUUUGACGUCGACACAACUCCUAUCACAGAGGAUUUCCUGGAGCUUCCUGCAAGCGCUUUCAUCAAACAGAGAUUUUAA